GGUGGGAAGAGGACGAGGAGCUCCGAUCGGAGGCUCCGCCUGUCGCUCCUACACAGAUCUAAGUGGGUGGGAACAGCGAUUGGACGACUCCGCCUGCCGCUCCCAGCGCAGAGCCCGCGGGAGGCGGGCGGCCCGCCAUGGGCAUCCCAGGGCUGUCUGGCUUCGUGGAGGAGCGCGGCGCGUUCUUCGCGGAGCUGCGGGUGCGGGACACCAAGCUGGUGAUCGACGGCAGCAGCCUGUGCUACCAGCUCUACUUCUCCUCCGCCGAGGACUUCCGCCGGGGCGGCGACUACGCCCCUUUCUCCACCUGCCUGCGCUCGUUCUUCGCGGCGCUGCGCGCCUGCCGCGUGGCGCCCUGCGUGCUGCUGGACGGUGGCCGGGGUGCGCCCGACCGGAAGCUGCGCGAGCUGGCGCGGCGCGCGCGGCAGCGGCUGGAGGCGGCGCGCGGGCUGGCGCUGACCGGAAGUUGCGAGGCUGCGGACCGGAAGCGGCAGCGGGGGCUGGCGCUGCUGCCUUUGCUCGCCCGGGACGCUUUCGUGCAGACGGUGAGGGCGCUCGGCGUGCCCUUCGUGCAGUGCUUCGCCGAGGCGGACAGGGACAUCGCCGGGCUCGCCAACCGCUGGGGGUGCCCCGUGCUCUCCCUCGACAGCGACUUCUACGUUUUCGAGGUGGCGGGCGGGUACCUGCCGCUGAGCCACUUCCAGUGGCGGGGGAUGCGCGGGGAGGAGGGGGGCUAUGUGCCCGCGCGGUGCUUCUGCGCUGAGAGGUUCCGCGGGCACUUCGGGCAUGUGGGGAGAGGCCUGCUGCCGCUCUUCGCCGCCUUGAGCGGCAACGACUACGUGGACGCGGCUGCCUUCGAGGCGUUCUUCAGUGCGGUGCGCCUGCCUGGGAACGGGGGGAAGCACGCCCGGCUCCAGGGGCUUCUGAGGUGGCUGUCGCAGUUCGCCGAGCCGGCGGAGGCUGUGGACAACGUGCUGAAACACGUCAAGAAACACCGGAGGGAAGAAAUGAGGGAACUUCUGCACGCCGCCAUGGAGGAUUACACUCCGUCUGACGUGAACCUCGAGGACUUCUUUUCGGACGGAAGAUAUGAAUGCGAGGAUGCCAAGAAAGUGGGUGUCCCGGCGUGGGUACACGAUGCUUUCGCCAGAGGUAAGCUGUCCCCGCUGGUCAUGGAUGCCUUCAUACUUAGAAGCAUCUUCCUCCACGUUCAGGUGGAGAACAUGCAGAGGCCUAGCGCGCACAGCACAGCUUUGCCCAUCCGACAAGUUAUCUAUGGACUGCUUCUGGGAGCAUCUCCAGGCGCCCAAGCCGCUUCUCCAUGUAAGCAGAGCAACAAGCUACCGGUUGUGUGCGAGUUUGACAGACUCCAAAGCACACUGAAAAAAACAUUUGUUCAAGCAGCAAGCCUGCCCGCAGAUUUUUGCGAUGGUCAUUUUUCUUUGGACAAGUUAAUAGAGGUGCCCAUGUCAUGCCGUCAGAUGCUUUUGCUGGAAACUCUAGGAGUGAAAAUGAGUUCCCUAGAACCUUUCCCCAGUCACUUACAGCUCCCAGUUGCUGUGACGUGCUAUUGGAUAUGUCAUUCAGAACCAAAAGUUAAGUUGCAUCAGUUAAAGGCUUUACUCCUAAUGAUCGUAUCUGGAGAGCUGCACAGGAUAACAAAUGAUCCAGAUCCAACAGUUCUAUGUGCUGAAGAUGACAGGAUCACAUAUAAUGUAUUUCUAGAAUGGAAAGAAAAGAAAUUGCAAAAUAAAGAUUUUGAUUUACAUGCUGCACAUGGUUUUUGCCAGUGGCAGUGCUGUCUUCAGAUGGGAUUGUAUCUCAACCAGUUGCUUUGCAGUCCUCUCCCUGAGCCAGACCUAAACAGGCUUUACAGUGGGACCCUUGUGCACAGACUGUAUCAAGAGCUUAAAUCAACACCUUCAGUGGAAAAUCUGUUCAGUUUAUCUCCAAAAAUGACUCAGCUUUAUCAAGUUUUGUUAAGUACAGUGGAGUCAGUGGUACCUCCAGACUUCUUUCAGAAGAUGACCAAGACCAAAUCAAAGUCCUGCAAAAAGAAGAAAGCAUCUAAUAAGAAAAAAGAAGCCAGCAGGUGUGCAGUACCAGAAACUCAGCAUUUAUGCAACAUUAAUAGGUUUGCCUCACUUGGAGUGGAUGACUGAAAGCAUUAUUAGAACAACUUAUGAUGCCAUGCGGAUGGAAGAAAUGAUACUAAAAUAGGUGACUGUAUUGGAAUUUGCUCAGCUGUUUUCACACAAGUUCCUGCUUCAGUUUUUACCCCACAACUCUUGCUUCUGAAAUUUUUGUAUUUACCUUUUUGUAACUAAUGCUCAGAAAAGAGGUGCUUGUAUAAAAGUGGUGGUGGUUUGUUUUUCUUUAAAGGUAUCAGUCUAAUUGAAAACGAGAGCAAAGGCGUUCAGCAUUUUGGAGCUGGAGUCUUUUAGAGGAAUUAUUGUCCUUAGCAUUUAUACUUGGCUUAUCCUUUCAUCUCCCUGAACACAUCUAACUUCCAAACAAUCCAAUAUUUAUGUUUGUGUUUCAGGAACACAGGAAUUACAGUAUUAAAGAUCAGAUUAAAAUGGAACCUGACAAGCUUAAAAAUACUGUAGAAUCAGUCUUUACAGGUACAGUAUUUAUAGCUAUGGAGAGAGCUAGCUUUACUUGGUGACAACUGAGAAGGUUGUGCUUGAAGUAUUACAGGUACUGAACUAUCUCAGGGAAGAACUUCAGCUUCUAUUCCCCACCUUUGAUAUGUAAGCAAGGGUUAAACGCACACAUAAAGCUAUCACAUGGGUAAGAGGUUUGCUAAUAUACAAUCUUCUGCUAUUAACUAACUUGUCAUUGGAGUUAACCUCCUUUCUCUAAAGGCUAUACUACAAUUCUAGACCUGAACUUGCCAUGAUCUGCACCAAGUUACUUGAGGAACCCUUACUAUCAACAUGGUCAUACUGGAAAACAAUUUGUAUUUUUAAAAAGCCCUAUAUCAUCACUGUAUCU